GCGGCGAAUUGGAUACUCUGACAGAUUACCCACCAAGCCACGCAGCCUGCUGAUUCGAGAAAGUCAAGGAAAAUACAUACGUAGAUGAAGGGCCUCAUGGAGGCCCUAAACGAACAACCUUGAGUCUUCAGAUUGAAGGAUGAGUUGACGUUGCGCACAGUCAUCGGAAUUCCUCUCUGCGUCGAAGCUGCGUGUCUCGAGCAACACCAACACGCGUCGAGAGCAACUGGCAGGCGGCGGCCCUCGCGCGAACAGUAAGGCUCCUUCAACAAGCAUUUGCGAUUAGUUUACGGAAAACGGCGCAGCAGAAGUGCACAUACAUUUCAGUCUUGCAUUUGCGGAUGGCCGCAAGAACGGGGAAGCCUUUGAAGUCUAGUGGCUAUGCCAACGACCGACGCCGUCACACCUUCUCGAGCGCUGAUUUUGCCGCUUGCUGACAUCAUCGUCACGAGAGAUGAGCGCAGUAAGUUGAAAGUCGCGGGAACUGUGACCAUGAUCGACCCAGGCUCUGCGACCUGCGUCGUUUCUGAUCUGUCCAGCACAGCCGUCUUCAACUCAGCAGGCUUCGAGGCGUCCGCUCGGUCAACUGGUGUAGCACCGCCCUCACUUGCAAUCGACCUCUCAUCGUGUCUGGAGGAUCCUUCAGUCUAUACGCCGGGUUUGGGCGACAAGGUCCAAUGCACCGGAUAUCUCGAGCGGAAAGAGAUUCCAGGUGCUUCCAACGAGAAGUGCGAUGACUGUGUCCUCCAAGCCAUUCAAUUUCGCAUCUCGGACCAACUCGACAUUGCGGCGUGGAACCAGGCUGCUCGGAAAGUGAGCCAUUAUAAGCACAAGAAGCCAUCGUCAGACGAACACAUCGAAACAGUGCUUUCUGCGAGAUAGAUGAUUAUGCAUUGCAAGUUGUCUACGAACAGCACAGAUCAUGCUUACGCCGCAGGCGGCGAGCUCUCGACAGGAGUCGACCGGCUUAUAGUCCCAGCGCUGCAAGAUAGCGACAUGAUCAUUCUCGUCAGCGUCGUUACCACCCAGACACGAUGGAAGAGCAUGCACUCACCUAACAGUGGACUCAAACAGCAUGAAGAAGACCAGAAUGUGGAUAGCAAGCGUGUAUACCAUGAAUGCGAUGCGCAUCCUCCUGUGCCCGAG